AUGAGUAUGAGAGAGAUACAGCCGGUGGAAUCCGAGAAACUCGAAUGCAAUAGCCAAAUAGAGGUCAUAGCGCAAGAUCUUACAGAUGAUCUCAACCAAUCUUACCCUCAAGGCAUUAAGCUAGCGGCAAUUGUCGCUUCAUUAGCUAUAUCAGUCUUCCUGUGUGCUCUGGACGAGACAAUCAUCACGACAGCUACUCCUAACAUUACCGACGAAUUCAAGUCGAUCAACGAUGUCGGCUGUUUCAGGACAUUUGCGGCAUUUCAACUUAUAUACGGAAAAUUAUUAUUAUUUUAUUCCAUAAAGCAUGUAUUCCUUACUUCCAUUGCUAUUUUCGAGCUUGGCUCUUUGCUCUGCGCCGUAGCACCUACUUCAAUAGCCUUCAUAGUCGGUCGAGCUUGUGCCAGCUUGGGUAGUGCUGGUAUUAAUGCUGGCUUCAUCAUUAUCUUCGCAGCAUCUCUUCCUCUUGAAAGGAGGCCACGCUUCGUCAGUUCGAACAGUGGCAUGUACGGCAUUGCGUCGGUGGUUGCACCUCUUCUGGGCAAAGAACAUCCAGCAGCUAGUACAUGGCGUGAGAAGGGUAAACAGAUGGAUCUUCUGGGUCCCAGCUUAAUGAUACCCGCUGUUGUGUGUCUGCUCAUUGCCCUUCAAUGGGGCGGUUCCCUCUACCCAUGGGACAGCGCCCGGCCUAUUGUCUUAGUUGUCGUUGGGGGUGUAGCUUUGAUGGUUUUUUUUUUCGUUCAAUACCGGAAGCAAAGAGUCCAUUAA